AUCAAUGAAGCGAGUUGACAAUCAUGAAGUUUUGAUGUCCAAAUUUAGUAGAUACAGAACAUACUAGUGAUUUCUUCUCAUCUAUCAUAAACUUGAUUCCAUACAGAGUUAUCUUGUACGUAUUAUUGUUAUUGAUGAGAGUUGACAAAUAUCACGUGAAUAUAUACUAGUCAAGGUGUGCAUGGCUUAAAUUAAAAAAAGAUUUAAAAUAAUUAGCACGUUAUGAAUUUGGUGAAUAUAUAAUUUAGCUAUGUUAUAAAUACAGGAUGAUUAGAAACUUUGAUUAUAGAUUAGCAAAAAUGAAGAAGUUUACCUUACUAAUUUUGAACAUAAUUAUGUUUUCAAUAGGCAACUGUGGUGGCCCUUUGAUCUCUCGUUUGUACUUCAUCCAUGGAGGUCAAAGAAUUUGGCUCUCCAGUUGGUUACAAACAAUUGCUUGUCCCUUAAUCCUCAUCCCUUUAUCCAUCUCCUAUUUUCACCGCCGGAAAAUCGAAUCUCCGGCGACCGCCAGAAUCUUCUCCUUAACUCGUCGAGAAAUCAUCGGAUCUACCGGCGUCGGAAUCAUCGCCGGUCUCGACGGUUACUUUAUCUCAUGGGGACCUGCAAAAUUACCCGUUUCAACUUCAUCUCUCAUCAACGCAACUCAACUAGCGUUCACCGCACUCUUCGCUGUACUUUUAGUAAAGCAAAAAUUGACUGUGUAUUCGAAGUUAUCUGUUUUUCUGUUAAUCGCCGGAGCUGCAACUUUAGCACUCCGUGGGAAGGGCGAUCGGCCGGCCGGUGUUUCUGUUAAGGAGUAUGUGAUUGGGUUUGUGAUGACGGUUAUGGGUGCGGUUUGUUUUGGGCUUAUGGUAUCGCUUAUUGAGUUGAUUUACAUAAAGGCAAAAAAUGCUAUUAGUUAUACUAUGGUGUUGGAGAUUCAGCUGAUUAUUGGUGUUUCUGCUACUGUUUUUUGCACCAUUGGAAUGAUAAUUAACAACGAUUUCCAGGCAAUUCCAAAGGAAGCAAGUGAAUAUGAGAUUGGAGAAGCUAAGUAUUAUUUGGUACUUGUAUGGUGUGCCAUUAUUUGGCAGUUAGCAUUGAUGGGAUUAGUUGGAGUGAUAUUUUAUUCUUCAUCUUUACUUUCUGGAAUUAUAGGUGCUUUUUUACUUCCUGUUACUGAGAUUUUAGCUAUAGUUUUAUUUCAUGAAAAAUUUCAAGUUGAAAAGGGAGUUGCUAUUUUCCUAGCUCUAUGUGGAUUUGUUUCAUAUUUCUAUGGUGAAAUUGAGCAGAGCAAGAAGGAGAAACAGGAUAAUUUCAUAAAUGAUCACUUGGAUUAUAUUGUAUUGCAUCAAAAUAACUAAAGUAUUUUUGUAAUAAAGUCUAUAUAUACAUGA